AUGGCCCUCCUCCGCCCCGCCAUUCUCGUCAUCUCCGACACCGCGGCCUCGGACCCUUCCACGGACAAGGCAAUCCCCACGCUCAGCGACGUGCUCGUCCAGGACGGAGCCGGGAAGUGGACCGAACCAUUAACAGCGAUCGUGAAGGACGACGUGGUGGAGAUCCAACGAGCCGUCCGCGCCUGGACAGACACGGAGAGUAACAACAGCGGCGGCGGGGUCGUCAACCUGGUCAUCACGACCGGAGGGACCGGCUUCGCCAGGCGGGAUUUUACCCCAGAGGCAAUCGCGCCUUUACUGCACCGCCAAGCUCCCGGGAUCGUGCACGCCAUGCUGGCGGCUUCGUUCCAGGUGACGCCCUUUGCGAUGAUGGCACGGCCGGUCGCGGGCGUGAGGAAUAAAUCCAUCGUCAUCACCCUGCCGGGGAGUCCCAAGGGGGCCAAGGAGAAUCUUCAGGCCGUGGUCAAGCUCUUGCCGCAUGCGUGCUUCCAGGCUGCAGGGGAGGACUCGCGCGCCGCACACUCGGGGGGUGUGAAGAAGCUGGAGAGGGAGGCUGGUGUUGUUUCUUCGUCGGCAAACAGUGCUCCGCCAGGCAAAUCUUCUACGGACAAUCAUUCCCAUUCCCAUUCACAUCAACAUGACCACGGCCAUAAUCACGAUCACGGGCAUAACCACUCGCAUGGCCACAGAAUCCCAAAAGCCCACACCACCCCCGCAGAACGACCGCAGUUGCAAUCCAAUGACCCCCGUCUCGGCGCCAGCCAGCGGUACCGCUCGUCACCAUACCCGAUGCUCAGCGUCUCGGAAGCCGUGUCAGUGAUUCUGCAAAACACCCCCCCUCCCACAGUCGAAGUGCGAGACCUUUCGCCCGACCUGGUAGGCUACGUCGUAGCCGAAGACAUCUACGCCAAGGAAGCCGUGCCGGCCUACCGAGCAAGUCUGGUGGACGGAUACGCCGUAAUCGUCCCGGACAAGUGUAACACGGAGGUAUCGGGCAAGCCAUCUGUACCUGGCACCGGCACCAAAGGCACUUUCCCCGUCGCCUCGGUGUCUCACGCCCAAGCCACAUCCCUCCCUCCACCGCUACAACCCGGUCAAAUUGCACGUAUCACUACGGGCGCCCCACUCCCCGAGAACGCCAACGCAGUAGUCAUGGUGGAAGACACGGUCAUCGCGACCCUCAGCCCCGACGGGCUGGAGGAACAAACCGUCGAGAUCCUCACCGACAAGAUCGUCCCAGGGGAAAACAUCCGCGAACCGGGCUCCGACGUCCAGCUCAACGACCUAGUCCUCACCAAAGGCACCCAACUCACACCCCUGGGAGGCGAGAUCGGCGUGCUCGCCGCCAGCGGCACGCGCCACGUCCCCGUAUACCGCAAGCCGCGCGUGGGCGUGCUCUCGACGGGCGACGAAGUCACCGACAUUACCCACCCGGGCCCGCUCACGGGCGGGAUGAUCCGCGACAGUAACCGGCCGGCCCUGCUGAGUUUGAUCCGCGGAUGGAACCUGUGCGAGGAAGUCGUGGACCUGCACGUCGCGCGCGACACGCCCGCGCAGGAACUCGAGCUCAAGCUGCGCGACGCGUUCCGAUUACACAGCGUCGACGUGGUGGUCACGACGGGAGGCGUGUCCAUGGGCGAGCUGGACCUGCUGAAACCGACCAUCGAGCGCGCCCUAGGUGGCACCGUCCACUUUGGCAGAGUCAGCAUGAAGCCUGGGAAGCCGACGACGUUUGCGAGUGUGUCGAUUAAAGAUAAAGAUAACGACCUGACUCGGAGAUCGUCCGCUAGCGCCACAACCGAAACUGACGCCGGUGCUCGUCCUGGCACCGCCAUCCACUCUAGCGAGCCCCAGGGCGACACCCGCCACGCCCACCGCCGCCGCCUCCUCUUCGGCCUCCCAGGCAACCCAGCCAGCGCGCUCGUCACGGCCAACCUGUUCCUCCUCCCCUGCCUGCAAAAACUGGUUGGCAUGCCCUCGCCCACGGGCCUCCCUCGCGUCAAGGUCCGCCUCCAAGGCCGACUGCGCUGCGACGCCGCGCGCACGGAAUACCAUCGCGCCGUCGUCGCCGUUGAUCCCACCUCCUCUGACGGUCGCCUCGUCGCGCGGAGUACGGGCAUGCAGCGGAGUUCGCGGGUCGGGAGUGUCGCGAGCGCAAAUGCCCUGCUCGUGAUGCCUGCGAGGGACGGUUUCGUCGACGAGGGCGCCGAGUGUGAGGCCUUGAUGAUGGGGUUGGUCAGGGGUUUCUAA